AUGUCUUGCCAAGCACGUCUAUGUAGAGAAAUUAUCAAGGAAGAAUUUGGCAGCUAUCCUGCGCUGAUUGCCAAUUUGCUCUUACUGAAGGGACGUUUGACCUUGCCAGAUCUAGUCAGGUUCAGUCGGUUCAAGGCAAAGCAUGUGCGAGAAUGCCUUGUUGUGCUUAUACAGCAUGGCGUCAUGUAUUUCUCAGAACCUACAACGGAUUCAGCGAAAUCAGAUGCUCCUACGUAUUAUGAAAUUGAUCCAGAGAAGAUAUUAAUGAGACUUCGAAUGGGGCGUAUCAUGCGCAUUUCUGAAGAGCAUUAUGGAAAGCCAGGAUCUGCUAUAUGCAAACUGCUGUUCUUAUACGGAAGAGUGCGGUUGAGCCAAGUAUUGCAGUGGGCAAAGGUCAACGACGAAAAGCAAAAAGACGAGUCAGCAUACCUGAGGGCAUUCACAUUGAUGGCUCAGGAACAAUUCAUUGUAGCUGUAUUACCUCAGCACAGCCGAUCGGUCACUGACAGAUACAUGGAAGCAGAGGAAAAAGAGCUUGAAAAGUACACCAUCAUCACGUCAGGAGACGCAAAACAUAUCAAAGAAAUAGCCAAGGCAAACACAGAUGCCAUAUAUCAUCAGGAAGAGUUUGUCGGCAUGAAACGACGAGCAAGUGAUACAUUGCAAUCAGAGGCCAAGCGUCGGGCCCAAGAAGCAGGAGACUACACAUUUGAAACAGAGGAGGAGAAGUUGGAAUCUCAGGGACGAAAGAAAAGCAAACCUUUGCUGUUUGACAUUGAUCCCAAUGUGUUCUUUGGAUUGAACUAUAAUCGAUACAACAUAUACUUUCGAAACCAUAUGGUUGUAGAGUUCGCUACAGAUAGAAUCAACCGCACAGCAGGCGUUGUCAUCAAGACAUUCUUCAGGCAUGGAAAGGAGAAACUAAAAGACAUCAAGGACGACUAUUCACCUGCUGCAACACCUUCACACAUUGCCAAUAUGCUAGAUGCCGAUGUGUUUCAACGAGACGACUUGCUACUGGACCUAGCACCUGGCAGUGGCAAAAGGAAAGAAUUGCCAGAUGUCAGUCAAGUAGUGAACGGAUACUUUCAACUGCUUUUGUCAGACAAUGCAGGGUUUCUCAAGAGACGAGACGAACUUGGCGCCAAUCAAUACGCUGUCAACUUUCAGCGCGUGCGACAGUUCAUGAAGCGGCACUUAUUUGAAGGCCUCUUGAAGGAGCGUUUCGGCAUUGCGUCGUGUCGCAUUGUUCGCAUCUUGCUGGAGAAGGGAAAAUUGGAAGAAUCGCAAAUACAGAAGUUGGCCAUGCUGCCACCCAAAGACGUCCGAUUCAAGCUAGAUAUGCUGCUGACACAUGGCAUUGUGGAUAUUCAAGAGGUGCCUCGAUCUGCUGACCGCGCUACCAGUCGCUCAUUUCAUCUGUGGUUUGUGUCAAUUGACAAGUGCUUUGAGGCAUUGAUCACAGAUAUUUAUCGCACCGUCACAAACCUGCAACAACGCAAAAAUGAGGAGCUUGUCAGACGAUCUCGACUGUUGGAAAAGUUGGGUCGAAUUGACGUGCUUGCCAACAUGGAGUUGCUGAAUGAAAUCGAUAAAGCAGAAGUCGGCAAGAUGGACGCUAUUGUGUCAAGAAUUGAAAUAGCCAAAGAUCGCUUGGACGCCAUGCUGAUGAUCCUUCGAGACUUUUAA